UUCACCUGAACUAAACAAAAAUUUUAAACAUUUUAAAAAAGCUAAUAUUUGUACAAAUGGCAGGAUGUUCUAAUGCUGGCUACCGUGUCAUAAGCCGAGCCAAUGCUUUGUUACUGCCAAGCAGCUAUCGACAUGCAGCGCAUGUAAUGUUACACAGCCCAUGUAGAGAUGAUAGAAAGCUAUUUGGCUACUAUUCUCCUCGUCAUGCUGUCACAGUAAGUAUGCCCGGCAUUUGCAAUGGAUGAAAUCGAUUAUCAAUAAAAUCAAUAUCAAUUUAUCACAAUUGAAUUCAGUGGAGGAGACCUUAUCGGUUGUUAUUGACUGAUGAUAUCAAUCAAUAGACUAUUUAUAUUCCAUAUAUUAAAAGGGAAAGUACAUUUAUUAUGUUGAGGCGGGGGUAUCUGGGGAUGAAGAUGUUAAGGGGGGGGGACCCAAAAUAUUUUCUGGCAUUAAAAGGGGGGGGCUCUGAAAGUUCUUGAUAUACAGAGGGUGGGGGGGGGGUAUAAACUUUUCAAAGUUUUCACUUUUUUUUCACUUUUUGGUCCAGCAGGGACCUGGCGAGUCACUCCCACCAACAUCAACACUUUCAUAAUAUAUUUUUUGUUCAAUGUAUAGACUGUGCACAGUAAGGCUUUUUAAUGUGUUAACAUCAACAAACGACGUUUCGGAAAUUUACUCCAUCUUCAGGUAGAUAAGAUUACAAUUCAUACUUUCAUAAUGCUUUGGCAGAAUACAGUAGCUUUCACUUUCUAAUUUUAAUAUAAUUAUACAUAAUACCAACAGAACAGAACAAUGUCAAUGAACAAAACUGAAGGUGAAUAACCACUUGUCGACAUUGCAUUGCAACUAUUUUGCCUAUUGGAGGUGCUAUCGCAUGGGGGAGCAGGGAGCUCCACAUUCCACAUGCAUGGAAUACAUAAAAGAAGGUGCUCCAAUUAUGCCUGUCAAUAUUCUUCAACUUCUUUAAUUUUCAUCCUGUUUCUACCAAAUUUUCCAUCAAUAUAGAACAUAUAUCAUUCUUACAAAUCGUAUGUUUUUUGUUUUUGGAUCAAUUGCUACUUUUUGGCAGGUAAAUUACGUCACAAACUUGGCACCAAAAAAUUAAAAAUAAGCUAUUGGUGAUUUUAUAAAUCCAUAUAAUUUAAAAGAACAGACUAAGGCUGUACUUUAAAACUGAAAUCUGUUUCUAAAUAUGACCAUUUUAUGGGAAGAUAAUCCGCGAUACAAAUGUAGAAAAAUCUGCCAUAUUGUUACUAAAAAUGGGACAAAAUGACAGAUUUAUAGAAAUUUAAGUCAUAUCUUCACAAGGAAUGGUUGUAUUUAAAAACCAAUUUCCGUUUUCAGAUUCCCUUAGUCUGCUCUUCGAAAUGGAUGCACGAAAUCACCUAUAGCUUAUUUUUAUUUUUUUGGCACCAUGCAAGUUUGUGACGUAAUUUACUCGCCAAAAGUUCCAAAAACAAAAGACAUGCGAUUUGUAAGAAUGAUAUGUUCUAUGUUCAUGGGAAAUAUAGUAGAAACGGGUUGAAAAUUAAAGAAGUUGAAGCAUACUCACUGAUUACUCACUGGCCCUUUUGCAUGCAUUUUUGACAGGCAUGCAAAGAAAUUUGCAAAAGAUGCCAGGAGAUAUGUUGGGUGGGGGUGAGGUUCUCUAGGGUUCCAGCACAUUACCCUGAUCCAGGAAAUAUAUCUAGCUACCACAUGAACAUGUUCAAGACUCUGACUAUGCUGAAUGAUGGACAACAACAACCUGUUGAUGAUUUCGUCCCUAGAGCCAAUCUAAAACGGCUUUCUAAAGAUGGUGCCAUUUCAUAAUCAAUAUGUUGUGAUUGACAGAUAAUCAGUAUCAGCAUCGGGUCGAUUUUUGCCUUUAAUUAUCAGUGGAGAAUUGGAAUCGAUAGAAUUAUCUAUAUUUCCGAUUGUCUAUAAAAUCGAUUGUUGAGAAAAUAUAUGCACUUUAAAAAUUAUAUGCAUUGCACAUUGAUACAUAUUGCAUUUUAAAAUAAUAUGUUAAUUAAUUUAUGCAUGAAACAUGCCAUUUAUUAACAGUUUUAACAAUCUUUGGUUGCAGUAACAUGUCACGUUGGAAACUAUCAUUAAAAAAUCGACAUGAAUAACUUUUACUCGGUAGACUGAUAUUCUGACAUCACUAUGAAAUCAGUAUCGCCAUCAGUAUCGGGUAGAUUGUGGCAUGAAUAAUUGGUAAUUUCCUAUUGUUGCACAAUCGGUCAGUCACUAUCAAUAUAAUGAGCUAACAAUGUUCAAUCGAUUAGUAUCAGUUGGUAUUUGUGAAAUGUAAAAUCCUUUAGUUGGUAAACUAAUGGAAAUUGCAUGUAUAUACACACAAUUAGAUCAGAUGUGUAGAGUCAUGAUCAUGAUCAGCUGCAGAAAUCCCAGUGAGGGGGGAGACUGCCUACCCCCCCCCCCCACAGUUGAUGAAUUUUUGGAAAUUUUGACCUAACAGUCUUUUCGAGUGCAAAUGGGAGGGGGGGUUGUUGUUGAAAAUUUGUUGUUGAAGGUUUUGUCAGAAAUUUAGCCAGAGGCUUUGCCCUCACCGGAAAAAGUGAAUUUCCGACAGUGAUUAUGAUCUCCAUGAAUCUAUGGAUUCUUGCCAUUGACUCGAUCUUCCAAAAGGUGCCGGUGAGUUUCUCUGGUAUCAAGUCUUUCAUAUACUCUAGUCAUUUCGUACUCAACUGCCUGGUCGUUUCGUACCCUAACUCUGGUUGUUUUGUACCCCAACUCUGGUUGGUAGGUCUAUGAUAACUGAAUUGUCAUGAUUCAAAAGAAUAACUGGUAACGUACAAAUUAAAACCGGCUAUUUAUAAUCAAUAGACAAUUCCAGCUAUCGACUAAUUUUUUAUGUAGACAAGAAAAACGAAAUCUAUCAUUAUAGCUCAAAAGAGCAUUCUAAAAUGAGUAAAAAUGCAAAGUUUGGUUGCGAAAUGUUGUAAAAUGCGGAAAAUAUAGCCCUGUGAAAUUAGCAAAUUUUGAGUAUUUUAGUAUUACGCGGGGUAAAAAUAACCAUUUUCGGCUCAAAAAUGGCCCACACAGACCGGACGCGAUUCGGCAACUCGACGCGAAUUUUCAGUUUUCAAAAACAAAUAAAACCGUCAACGGAUAAAAAUUUUACAUGAUAUGUAGACCAAAUAGCUAAAAUUGCUUAAGUGGUUCCGAAUAUUUGAAAAACAUUGAAAAAUAUUAAAGUUAAAUGUCAUUGAAUUUAAAUUGUUUUCCUAGUGGGCAAAACAUGAAUUGGAGGAAGGGAACAAACUAAAAUAUUUUUGUGAAAUUUGAAAAGUGACAAUUAAACCUAAAAUUUGGGGAAAUUUAGGGAGACAUUGCGGAAAAACGAAACGAGAAACGAUACGGGUACAAAAACGAUAGGGAAAAAUGUCUGAAAAUCGUUUAGUUUAAUUAGAUACCAGUCCUUCAACUCCUACGAAUUGAACACAUUGGGUUUGCACUUUUAAAAAGUGGUUUGUUAAUUAAGACCUUUUACAUUUUUCUCCAAGUACCUCCACAAUGACAAUGCAGGAAAUUAUACAGUCUAUACAGAAAUCUAAAAUUCGAUUUUUCCCAGGGGAGCACGCGCGCACCUGAACUCCCUUAUAAUUGUGACGUCAAGAAUGAGUCCCCCUCCCCAACACAAAUAAAAUCCUGGCAUUGCUACCAGACAUCAAUGUCCAUUUUGUUCGACCUAAUCAACGACUUCUGGACCAAUGUUGUCUCCCAGUUAAGCAAUUUAUACAACAAACCAGUAUGACAUGUGACUCAGAAGUGUACUUUUGACAACAGUUGAUACAACCUUGGCCCCAUUUAUACAAUACCUGAUUACUAGCGAGCUCUCAUGCCAGAUUACCUUCCAUAUUUACCAGUAAAUGUGUUUUCAUUACAUAAUUCUUUGUUUGCAAUGACGUAAUUUGGGGAUUUCAGUUGACGGGCAGGUAUAACAAAAAACGGCUAUUUUAAUGUAUUGAUCGAGUUUAGAGGCAAUUUAAGACUCAAAACUUUUAAGGUGAAUUACCGUUCAGUUUUUCUUGCUACAACCAUUCUGAUAGGAGAAAAAUCGUCCACAAGUUGUUUGAUUGCCCGUCAUUUGGAUGAAAAGUUACGUGAUUGCAAACAAAGAAUACUAUCAUGAUGCAAUUUGGUAUGUCUGUGAGACACAGAUCAGUCCACUUAUGCAGACUCCAGUACUUUCAGAUUUAAACUGAUAGCGGCCUAUUCCAAUCACCAUAGAUGUAACUGAAUCUGAUAUGUUUGGCUUACUGGUGACUUUUCAAUACAUUGUCAAGCUUAAUGUAGCUAAUUUUUCUCUUGUUCGUAAAACGUUGUGGAGAGUUUCCAAUUUUUUUCCGUUAGAAUGCGAUCUUGGCAAGAUCUUGCAAGACCUGACAUGCCUUGAAAGAUCAUGAUGACAAUCUGAUCUAGCCAAGACACUGAUCUUGGCAAGGUCGUGGCAAGUUUUCAGAAUUAAAAUUCUUUACUUGAAUUUUAAUCUUAAAGUAAAAUCCAAUUAGGCUCAUUGGUAGUAAUGUAUUUGUGUGUAUUUACGCAAAAUAUUUCCAUAAUGAUAUGAGCUUGCCAAGAUCCAAGCAUGAUCUUGCCAAGCUGGAUUCUACAUGCAUCAUAUUAUUUCCAUGAUCUUGGUAGAUCUUGUCAAAAUCCUAUCAUGAUCUUGCCAAAAAUCCUGUUACAAUCUUGGCAAGAUCCUAUAAACUUGGAAAUUCUUGCCAAGAUCCCAUCAUGAUUUAUUAAUUUAUUUCAAAUUUAUAUUUCUAAAUUAAAGCUCCAACUACGAUUUGAUGGAACUGUUGGUUUUCCAGGUGGCUUUAUUGAAGACGGGGAAUCCAUAGAAAAUGGCUUAAAGCGAGAAUUAUCAGAAGAAUUAGGUGCGACUGCUGGAGGCAUCCAUUUCACUGAAAGUGACCUAGUUGUUUCUCAUGUAUGUCCUAACAAACCAUUAUGUCUGCAUUUUUACUGCAAGAAAGUCGAACUAGAUGUACUACACACCAUCGAGAAGGAAAUUCAUGAUUCUCCCCAAUAUGGAUUGGAGGCAAGUACAUGUUUCAUGUUUGUCAUUGGCAUAGCUCCUUGGGCCCCGUAUGAAAAAGGCCCCUAGACCUGCUUUGGAGUUACAUAAUUUCCAGGUAUAUUUACUGGGGUAUCAUCAUUCAUUGUUGAUUUCGAUAUAGAUUCCCAUUUAUUUAGUUAUUAGAUUUCAAACACUUAUAGUUCAUUUACUCGACUAUUUCGAGCUUAAUACUACAAUAUCACAUGAUUGUUGGCUUUUCUAAAUCCUCAGUGGCUUGUGACAAAUUUCGUGGAAUUGUACAUCAGGAGUGAAUAUCGAACCGUUUCAUGAUGACGUCAUAUAGCUAAGUAAACAUAUCGCAAUUUUGAUUGUAAAAAUGUUUCGUCAGGAUUGAAUAACGUUUGGCAUCAGCAAACAGCAUUUAGUUUUUACCCGUCUAUUCUCUAACCUGGAGAUAAUAACAACAGAAGCGAAAGUUGUAAUAAAAGUAACCAAGUCCUGCAGUCUCAAACAAUUUCAAAUCCUCGCUGGCUCCAUUUUCUGGCUAAAAAUUAUCUAAUACUUAAAAAACUUUAAAUAAUAAACACAUAACUGAAGAGUUUAAUACGGAUCGUUGUAUUAGUUCUGGUCAACUUCGUCCCUAGGGCUUUUGUUGAGGGAGGCGAAGGCAAACAUGAUCUGGUUAGUCAAAUAAUCAACUCAAAUACUGUAACUUACCGGAUAGAACGGUUAAAACAAACGAGGCUAUACACGAGGUUUGAAAUAGACAGUUUGAAAUGCCACUAAUCAACAUGCAUGUAAAUAAGAUAACUAUAAUAACUGCUUAAGUAAUGAUCCAUAUAGUAUUGAAUUGAUCCAUAAAGUAGUAGAAGCCAAUCGGGUUGCAAGAUUGCAAGUUACUCCUAAUAGCCUUUGUCUAUACUAUUUAUAAAAAUGUAUACAUUCAGGUAUUUCUGUCCCUAAUCUUACACACCUGCAUGCAUGCACCUUCAGUGAAACCUCAACUUAAUUUCAAUAAGGUUGUAAAGUAAAAAUACAAUGCUCAGUGUUUAUUUCUUUUCCUAGACUCUCGGUUUCAUUCGCUGUCCACUUUACACGAUGAGAAAUAAUUGCGGAGGUCUACCGUCGUUUCUAAGAAACAAUUUCAUUGGUAAUGCGAGAGAGCAACUACUUCUAGGUUUGAAACAUGAAGGACUCUUAUCCGAAAAAGAAAUAGAUAAGGCGGUGUUACAAUAUAGAAUGUUAGAAAAUGAAGUGAAUCCAGAUCAGUGAGGUCAAUUACAAUGCUCAUAACCAUGCACAAAACACCUUACAACAAUUGCGUUAACUUUAUAAGUCGUUGAUAAAGUUAAACCGUUAGAGCAUACAUGAAAUCCAUGCGGGGCAGUAAAGAUCUUUAUUAUAUGGCUUUUCAAAAUUCUCUAUUCUGAUUGGUUGACAAGCGGUCCGUAAAAACCCAUAUCCGGACCGUGGUCCGUAUUUUCCGUAUCUGGACCGGUGUCCCGGAUGUCGUUUAUCUGGCAGAAAAUUUUUGCCUUGCAAACAGAAAAAAAUUUUGCUUUUUAAUUUUCCAAUUGUGUGUCAUUAAAAUUUACAGAUAAAAAUUUCAAACAACCAAAUUGUUUUUGAUUGAGCAUGCAUGCCUACCGUAUAUUGUUACCCAGUGAAUCUGACGAUAGCCGAUUUAAUUCGCGCGAAAAGCAUAUUGCUCACAAACUCAGUUCAGCCAUAUAAUAAACCGAUUAUUGACCUCGCUUGUUCGGUCUAUAUACUGUGAAAUAUCAGACCUCUGUUUUUUGCAUGGACCUCGCUCCUUCGUCGCUCGGUCCAUACUAAAAAACCUCGGUCUGAUAUUUCACAGUACAGACCUCACGCUCGGUCAAUAAGCCGUUAGUAUUAGUCAAGAAAACAAUAAAUUCACAACACGUAAUUUUCAGAUAGAUCCUGAAAAUCAUGACAAAACAUGUUAAAUAGCUCCAAAUUUUAAUACUGUAUUCA